UAGACAAAGACUGGUCCUGGACCUACCGUAGCAAAGUCAUGACAUGAGAUGGACCGAGUAUCCAAUGAUUAACUUCUGCACCGUAUUCCUCCUGCCUGCCUCCUGGAUUAAAUAUACACCAAUACCUCUACCUGCCCCUCCCUCGCUCUUCCCUUUCGCAUAAACUCCUUUCUCGUGUCCGUCGGCCACCUCAACUCAACGCCCGCCAAGCAAAACCAAAAACCUUAGACCUCCUUUCCGUCAAUCGCGGUCCAGAGUCGCCCCUUCUCUUCUUAUCUCAGUCCCCAGCAACCUAACCUUGACUACUGCCUGCUCUUCCUUUUGCCUGCUCCACUCAUUUCUGCCGUCUCGACCAUAAACUUCUCCAAACCUUGAUCCAGAGACUCCCAAACAAGCGCCGAUCUGGCAAUCUACACUCGUUCCUCAACUUUCUCCCCUAUCCAUCUUGAUACUCCGUAUUCACCUCGCCAUUGUUUCCUCGUCACCAAAGAAACGUGAACAAUACAACCACUGGGGAUACUUCCUUCCCUUCCACAAGGAUCGCAAUAUCACGUCUUGAUAAUUGUUGGGAUCUGUUCCGAUUCCAGGUUUCCCAACACGCUCCUCUGCUACUUCUCCAGUGUGAUAUUUGUCCCAAGAUCAAUCAACCGCCUUCCGGAUAAACACCCAAAUUAGGUGGCUUGCAGAUCUCUCCCUGUGACGACACCAGCCUUUGCAUUGGCAUUCCACUGAACUCGAAAAGCACUCUUCACGAAUCGGUCCUUGUGAACUACAGGACAACUCCUCCAGACUGUUUUGUGAACCAACAAACUCGCCACAAUGAAUAUCAACAAGAAACUUGGCCGGGUCAAGCAAUGGGCGGGGGAGAAGAUGGGCGGAGAGGUCAAAACGAACGUUUCUGACGACUUCAAAGCCAUGGAGAUGGAGAUGGAUCUUAGGCACGAAGGUAUGCUUCCAGUCCGUCAAAAGAAUUAUUAUGCACUUUCUCUAACAUUUGAUAGGAAUGAAUAAAUUGCACAAGUCAAUGACAUCCUACGUCAAGUCACUCUCGAAGCGAAACGAGGUCGAAGACAAGGAGAAGACGCUACCAGUUGCAUACCUGGGACAAACUAUGAUAGCACAUGGAGAAGAUUUCGAGCCAGAUUCUGAGUUUGGAAAUUGCCUCAUCAGUACGUCACCCCCUUUAUCUCAAGAACAAAUUUUCUAAUUGGUUCCUAGGCAUGGGUAGAGCCAACGAGAGAAUUGGCAGAUGCCAGGAUACCUAUGUUGUAAACGCUACCAACGGAUGGCUCGAAUCUCUUGAGCGUUCUUUGGCGAUGAUGAAGGAGUACCAGGUAAGUUUUGCGUUUCUGAUUAGUUACGCGUUUGCUAAUCUUCCAUAGGCUGCCAGAAAGAAGCUCGAGAACCGCAGACUUGCCUACGAUGCCUCCCUUUCUAAGAUGCAAAAGGCCAAGAAGGAGGAUUUCCGGGUCGAGGAAGAACUUCGUUCACAGAAGGCCAAAUAUGAGGAGUCUAGUGAGGAUGUAUACAGGCGAAUGCAGGAUAUCAAGGAAGCCGAGGCUGACAGCGUUGCGGAUCUCGGAGCAUUUGUCGAUGCGGAACUGGAGUACUAUGAUAGGUGUCGAGAGGAACUAUUGAAGUUAAAGAGAGACUGGCCUGCUGGGUAUGUGUGCCAAAGGUACCAAGCAAUUAAUGACUGCUAAUGAAAACCAGACAAACCAAAUCUUCCCAAAACCAUAGAAAACCCGCCCCACGAAGUCGAGCCAAUACUGCGCACGAAUAUAGUGAGCGAUACAAUAGUUAUGAUGAGCCACCGAUGCCUGAAGAGCCUGCCCGCGCUCCCAUCAGAUCACAAGCUCGAGUUCCCUCGUCCUCCCGAGCGAACCCUAUUCUUAACAGUCCCGAGGACUAUUCUGACUAUGAGUCCCCUCGAUCUGGACGAAGUACUCUUACUCGCGCAUCCACAUUCCAAGGCCCUACAACAAUUCAUCGCGCAACCACUCCUACGUCGGAGACACGCAAGAUCAACACCCAGGACUUUGGCAGCUUGAGAGCAACUCUGCGCCCUUCAACCCGUGUCAAUGUUAGUGGUAAUGCCGACCUCUUUUGUGAUCCUUCGGAUGAUUCCACUAUGAAUAGUACCAGUCCUGAUCGCUCAUAUGGUGAACGUUCUGUCAGCCCCGCAACAUCGCACGGCAGUGUAGCCAGUCGAAAUAAUCCGCCCCCUGCCCUGAAUGGUCGUAAAGGUCCGCCACCACCCCCACCAAGCAGAUCAAAGAAACCACCUCCACCACUACCCAUGAAGCGAUCAGAUAUGAGUUCGUCGACUCUCAACAAGUACUAGUUGGGAGCCCCCAUUAUCGCAUCUUCUCUUUGUCUUUUCGCCAGCUUUCUAGUUGUACUAGGGCGUGGCUUAUAAGAGCAGAGCCUCCAGACGGCCCCAGAAAUCCUUAAAAAAAAUGCUUUUGUUCUUUUUGAACGUACGAUUUUCUGUAUUACUUGUAAUCUUCUUUUUACUGCACAUAAAAAAUAUGUUUUUUAGUUUUCUUUUCUUUCAUUCCUGAACGGAGGAAGCAGAUGUGCGGAACUUCCAUGGAUACCCGCAAUGGUCUAGCUAUUGUUUUGAUAGAGUUUGACAUUGGAAGGGACGAGCAAAAUUUGGUCUCUUGAGUACAAACUGGCCAGAUGGAUGUUGGAGUUACCAGAUUGGCAUCAAUUGGGGCUUUACUCUUUUCUGACUGUAUGUCAAGGGCAUUUACUUUUCUGGCGUUAGGGAGGUCGAAAAUCCGUAUGUUGGUGCAUAGGGUGUAGGUGGAUUUUAGGCUGCGCGUUAUUGCAACAUUUGUAUUAUUGUGGCUGCUUCUUUUAUUCAAUCAGAUAAGAUUUAGAUUAUGAUGGAGAAGUAAGAAGUAUGUGAAUUGAAGC